AUGGUCACCGUGGACAUCCAACGAGAUUUGAAUUAUCAGUACGGUUUGAACCGUUACACGAUGAAGUUCGCGGGUAUUUGGCCGGAAGAGAGGAAAUGGAACCGAGCAUCGAGUUACAUAGUUCUGAUGCCGUUUCUCACGAUGCUGUGUUUCGCGUGUGGUCCACAAACUAUUGAUCUGCCGUUCAUCGCACACGACUUGAAUCUGGUAGUCGAGAAUUUAUCGAUGGCUAACGUGACUCUUACCAUUUCGCUUGUGAAGACUAUGACUUUCUGGAUGAAUGGCAAACCAUUGAAGUCUCUGCUGAAGUUCAUGGCCAAAGACUGGACAAUAGCGGAGACGCAAACCGAACGAGAAAUAAUGGUGAACAGCGCGAGAAUCACUAGAAAGAUCACGAUAAGAUGCACGAUAAUGUGCCAAUUGGUACUCGUCUGUUACCUGAUCCUACGAUUAUGUUCUAACAAUCAGAACAAACUGCUCUUCUGUGGCUAUUUUCCCUAUAAUAUAAGUGUCAGCCCAAACUAUGAACUGACAGUGAUUGGUCAGAUCAUAGCUGCUGUAUAUGCAUCUGUCAUGUACACAAGUGUGGAUACUUUUAUCGCUAUGCUGGUUUUACACAUUUGCGGACAGCUUUCGAAUCUAAAGGAUGAUUUAAGGAACAUUCACUUGUACGAUAAGACCGUUUUACAGACAAAGUUGAAGAAAAUUGUUCAAAAGCAUGAUUAUAUUAAUAGGUUCGUAUUGAAAGGAAAUUAUUAA